UAUUCGUAUGUGUAAAAUGUCCCACCUGCAGUAAAAAGAACGUUCAUGUUCAGUUCUAUUUAGUAUAAGUUAUAACCUCUCUAAAAAUGGCUUUAACAAACUUGAUAUUAUUUUGUACAUAAUAAUAUAAUUAAUUAAAAUAAAUAUUUAAAAUAAAUAAACUAAAUAUUGAUAGAAAAUAUUUUUUGAUAUUUAAAUUUUUGAAUCUUAGUUAAUAAAUAACUCCGUUACUACAAUUUGUUUACAUAAAGAAUUGAACCAGAAAAAAAAAUUUAUGUAAACCAUAAACCUCGUGGCGGUGUCAAUAAUGUCUUCAGUUCAUCGAACAUUUGCAUAUAAAUUGAGCAAACAACUUGCUGCUGAUGUUAGAAGACAUAUAUCUAAUUCUUCAUCAUAUUCAAGAGAACUUUCAAAAAGUGAGAGCAAUGCAUCGGGAUUUUCAUCAUCUAUAUCACUUUGUGAAGUAUAUGAGCCAGUAGACUAUGAAGAUUUUCUUAAUCAACAUCUACUGAUUAUUGAACGUGAUCCACUAAGAUCAAUAUUAGAUUUUCCACCGGAUGAUGUGGAGCUAAGAGUUGUCAAGCGUAAAAUUCGCACGGAAAAUCCUGUAGUUCCAUUUGAACCUCUCGAUACGGUUACUCCUUAUGUUCGAAGAUGUAUUGAAACUUUUACGUCUGAUUAUAUAGUAAUUCAUCGGAAAUAUAGAAGAAAAGCUUCACCGAUUGCUAGAGAAAGACUAAUUUUAGAUACUCCUCGACAAGAUUUUGAAGUCGAUCAAGAAGACAUUCUCUACAAUUCGCCAAAUGAUGAAGAUGAUUUAUCAAAUUCCUUAGACACACCGCGAGGUUCAUGGGCUAGUUUAGAUUUACGUCAUUCUCAGCACGAUCCUCUCUUACCCGGUUUACUCGAUCGAGUUUCACCAGAAACAAUUGACCAAUUAAACCAACAAAAGCGAUCUGAAGAUCGUCAGGAUGCGAUAUUUCCACUUUACACUCCGUCGAAUUGUCAGGACGACGAGUGGCAAGAAAGCAAUCCAGCGUUAGAACCAAGUGAACUAUUUUCCCACAAAAUACUCAUUAAAUGUCUUCAGUUAAAAUUAGAAUUAGAAGUCGAGCCAAUAUUUGCGAGUUUCGCACUCUACGAUGCCAAAGAAAAAAGAAAACUUUCGGAGAAUUUUUAUGUUGAUAUGAAUCCGGAAAAUUUAAAACGAAUGCUCGGUAAUCAUAUCGCUUAUAGUGACGCAAGUACUCUGGCAAGAAGUUGUGUCUUCAGCAUCAGUAAACCAAGUCCUGAUUUAUUUAUAGUAGUUAGGUUGGAAAAAGUAUUGCAAGGUGACAUUUCAGAAUGUGCUGAGCCUUAUCUACGUGAUGAUAAAAACAGAGAUAAAGUAAAAGUCGCAGCAGCUGUAGCUUGUGAACGUCUAGGACGAUACCGAAUGCCCUUUGCAUGGACAGCUAUACAUUUAUCAGCUGUAAUAGGCGGUGGCAAUGGCGGUGGUAUUGAUUCUGAUAGCAAUGGGAGUGCAGGAUCAUUAGAUAGAAAGUCUGGAAGCUUAGAGCACUGGCGUAAAAGAGUUGAACAGCCAACUCGACGAGGUUCUUUGGAACGUAAAAGUUCUGAUAAACGACGCAGCUGGUCACCAGAUGAUUUCGCAAAUUGUCUUGAUAGUUUCCGGCCAAUAACGUUGACUGUUUCAAGUUUUUUUAAACAUGAAAGCGAAAGACUCAGAGAUGAGGAUCUCUAUAAAUUUUUAAUUGAAUUACGCCGGCCUGGAUCAAAUUUAAAACGACUAAAAUGUAUACCGGGAAUUCUUAAAUUAGACUUGAGUCCGAAACCUGAAGAAUUGCCGCGGUGUUUAGAUCCAGAUUUACGGAGACUUAUACCGUAUCCUGAUGAAAAAAAUAGACCGAUAAAAGAAAUUUUAGAAUUUGCCUGUGAUGUUGCGACACCUGAUUUAACUUAUCGUAAUUUUCUCUACAUUUAUCCUAAGGAAGUUAAUUUUAGUUCGAGAACUGGGUCCGCACGGAAUAUUACUGUCAGAAUUCAACUGAUGGGCGGAGAACAAGAAGCUGAUGCACUGACUGCGAUAUUUGGCAGAUCAUCGUGCCCUGAAAUGACUCACGAAUGUUUUACUUCCGUUUCGUAUCAUAAUAAAAAUCCAAAUUUUUAUGACGAAAUAAAAAUACGUCUUCCGGCUGAUUUAAGCGCUCGGCAUCAUUUAUUGUUUACGUUUUAUCAUAUUAGCUGUCAGAAAAAAGUCGAGCAGCCGAAUGUGGAAACACCAAUUGCUUAUACGUGGCUGCCUCUAUUACGAGAUGGACAUCUUCAGUAUGGUGAAUUUACAUUACCUGCUAUGCUGGAUCCACCUCCGUCAAAUUAUUCUUAUAUAGCACCGGAUGUACUUUUACCUGGUACCAGAUGGGUUGAUGCUCACCGCGGUGUAUUUAACGUUAUUAUUGAACCAGUAUCAAGUGUGCAUCCCCAAGAUAAAUUUAUUUACAGAUUUUUAUCUCUCUGCGGUUAUUUGGAAACCGGCCAAGUGCCUCCGAGAAUCGGAGAAGCUGGAAUGGAAGCAGAGUUGAAAUCAUCAUUACUAGAAUUAUCCCGUGCAUCAAACUCAGCCUUAGUACGUUCGCUUCCUCAGUUAUUCGAUCAAUUGAUAUCAUACUUAGUGGUCCCUCCGACAUUACCAUCAUGCCCAAUAAACAUCGCCGCGGCUCUUUUCGAAGCUAUUGGUCUCCUAGCAAGAAAUAUAACAAAUUUACCAGACGGCCAAGUCGACGUUCACGGCAGACACACACUCCUAGCAACGUACGCUGCAUAUCAAUGCUCUCUACCACGAAUGACAUCAUCACCAAGAGCCGCUCGUUCCCGCAGCAACCCAGAUCUUUCAGUUGAAGACUUAGAGAUGGAAAUUCACGCUCGUGGUUUAGAUCGUACGGCAUCAAUGCGCCAAGAAUCUCCACUAAUAAAUUGCCCAUUGAUCAGAAGACUACUCCAUGAAGAAUUAGCUCUACACUGGGUCGUCUCUACUGGACAAGCUCGUGAACUGGCAAUAAUUCACUCGUGGUUUUUUUUUGAACUGAUGGUCAGAUCAAUGGUAAUCCAUCUCUACGAAGUCGGUAAUUUAGACGCACCCCGAAAAAUAAGAUUUUCACCCCAGUAUUGUGAUGACAUUUCUACCCUAGUCGAUGUUCUAACAAACGAAGUGAUAAAUAGAUACGUAAAAGAUCUUAAGACAGCAUACAAUUUAAUAUUUAGCCUGGCUAAUUUUUUAUCUGACUUACUAUCAAUUAUGGACCGCGGAUUCGUGCUUUCUCUUGUUCGGACAGCAUGUUGCUUGCUAUCUGAUGCCACGAUUCACGUUCCCGAUUCCACGACACUUUUUUCCCUCAAAAUGGAUUUUAUCAGAACAGUCUGCUCUCAUGAGCAUUUCGUUGCUUUGAAUCUUCCAUUCGGUACCGGAUAUACAUCGGGAUCAGCACCAGCAUCUCCAAGUCCUUCUACCAGUAGCAGCACCGGAAGUCUUAUUUCUACACUAGUACCUGGUAAUUGCGCAAGAUUUGCUGAACUAAGUCAAGAAUUUCGUCAGCAACAUUUCCUCGUAGGUUUAGUUCUGUUGGAUUUAUCAACAACUCUCGAAAUACCGAACCCAGUUUUACAAAAUAAAGCCAUUGGUUCUGUCAGAUAUUUAAUGAGUUGUCAUGACAAAGAUCCAAGGUACGCUGACCCAUCAUCAAAAGCACGUGUGGCAGUAAUUUAUCUUCCACUAUUAAAUAUUAUUAUGGACUCACUGCCCCAACUUUAUCAGUGGGAUUCUAAAAAUAAAAAUCUUUAUCCCAACGAUUCAAAUUCCAUUACCCAGUCAGUAGCGCUCGCUAUUGCUGGUGGUAAUGCUGCAGACGUUGCUAGUCUCUAUUGCCGAGUGUCAUUGAGCUCAGAAGCUACGCGGCAUCUUCUUAUGUGUUUUCUGUGGGUUCUAAAGGGACUAGAACGCAGUGUCCUGAUUCAGUGGUGCUCUGAAUUAAAUUCCCGUCGCGUUUUAUGUUUACUGCAAGUACUUAAUAUUUGUAUCGCUGCGUUUGAAUACAAAGGGAAGAAAGCAUUAAAGAGAAUGCCGCAGCAGGUCGCUGCCUCUGGUGACAUUCGCUCGAGAUUAGAAGAUGUGAUACUUGGACAGGGCAGUGCAAGAAGUGAGAUGAUGUUGCGACGCAAGGAACGAAUUAUUGGCGACAAACUUAGAUGGAGAAAAGAUCAAAUGUCUUACAGAGCCAAUGAACCAGCUGAGGAACGAGUUGUCGAACAAGACGCUCAUAUAGAAGGCGCGUUAGCUGCUGAAGCUUCGCUUAUUGUCCUUGAUACACUAGAAGUUAUUGUCCAGGCUGACUGUGCUGGUGGUGCAGUCAAUGGGGUACUGAAGGUACUUCUGAGAGCUUUGGCAAGAAAUCAAAGCACUUCUGUGCUGCAGCAUAUGUUUAAUUCUCAGCGCGCACUUGUCGUUAAAUACCACAGUGCGUUUUUUGAUGACGGGAGUGAGAGAUGCGGCAAUCUUUGUCUGACGCUUCUUACUCGAUGCAGUUCUCCGUUAAGUGCAAUCAGAAGUCAUGCCGCUGCAAGUCUGUACCUUCUUAUGCGGCAAAAUUUUGAGGUGGGUAACAAUUUUGCAAGAGUUAAGAUGCAAAUGACGACAUCACUAUCGACUCUCGUUGGUCGCGGACGUGGUCCGAGUGAAGGGGCACUACGUCGGGCAUUGAAGACUGUUUUGGUUUAUGCUGAGAGAGAUACUGAGUUAGCAAACACUAGUUUUCCGGAACAAGUCAAAGAUUUGUUAUUUAAUUUACAUAUGAUACUCUCGGAUACGGUAAAAAUGAAAGAGUUUCAAGAAGAUCCGGAAAUGUUGUUGGAUUUGAUGUAUCGUAUUGCUAAGGGCUACCAGAGCUCACCGGAUUUACGACUAACUUGGCUAGCAAAUAUGGCACAGCAACACAUGGAACGUAAAAAUCACACGGAAGCUGCGAUGUGUCUAGUCCACAGCGCGGCACUUGUUGCUGAAUAUCUGCACCUGCUGGAACCGGGCAGCGGUGGCCGGCCUAUUGGAGCAGUGGCCUUGAGUUCUGUUUCUACUAAUGUGUUAGAAGAAAGUGCUGUUGGUGAUGACGUUCUUGCGCGGAGAGAAGAAGGUCUAUGUCUUGGACCAGAUUUCUCUGAAAGCGGACUCGCUGGGUUAUUAGAGCAUGCGGCGAGUUCAUUUUUCGCUGCUGGAAUGUAUGAGGCUAUUCCUCAUGUUUAUCGUGUCCUUCUACCAAUAGCAGAAACUGCAUAUGAUUAUAAAAAAUUGGCAAAUAUUCAUGGUAAACUACAUGAAGCUUACACGCGAAUUGACCAGCUUUCGGGUAAAAGGGUUUUUGGUACUUACUUCAGAGUCGGUUUUUACGGUAGCAAAUUUGGUGAUCUUGAUGGGGAAGAAUUUGUCUAUAAAGAACCGACUCUUACAAAACUUCCUGAAAUAUUUUCAAGGCUUGAAAAUUUUUACAUUGAACGAUUUAGUGUCGAUAAUGUCGUUAUUAUUAAAGACUCUAAUCCAGUCGAUGUAAGUAAAUUGGAUCCUGAUAAAGCGUAUGUUCAAAUUACGUAUGUAGAACCGUAUUUUGAAGCAUAUGAAUUGAGACAUAGGCCGACUGUUUUUCAUAGAAAUUUUAAUAUAAAACGAUUUAUUUAUGCGACACCUUUCACUACAAGUGGCAAAGCUCAUGGUGAGCUGAAAGAACAAUGUAAAAGGAAAACAAUAUUAACAGUCGCCACGUAUUUUCCAUACCUCAAAACACGUAUUCGUGUUGUAGCUCGAAAGCAAAUUGUACUUAGUCCUAUUGAGGUGGCAAUUGAAGAUAUUCAGAAAAAAACAGUAGAGCUGGCUACUGCGACAAAUCAAGAUCCACCUGAUCCAAAAAUAUUACAAAUGGUACUUCAAGGUUGCAUUGGUACGACCGUAAAUCAAGGACCGGCAGAAGUGGCUAAUGUAUUUCUCUCAAAUAUAAGAGAAUCAAACGUGCAUCCUUCAAGAUUUCAACAUAAAUUGCGACUUUGUUUUAAAGACUUUACAAAAAAGUGUUUCGACGCAUUGCGUAAAAAUAAAAAUCUCAUUGGUCCGGAUCAACGUGACUAUCAACGUGAAUUAGAAAGAAAUUAUCAGCGUUUGACUGAAAAGUUAGCGCCUCUUAUUACUUGGAGCGGGUCUCCUCCGAUGAAUCAAGAAUGUCCAUCAUUAACAUCUUUACUCUGGUAGAAGUUUGCUUACUGCCAUAAAAAUUUAACCAAAGACAUCAUGAUACUCAUAUGAAUAUCAAGCAAUUGAUACUUUUUAUUCGAAGACUUUUAUUAUUUACAGAAACAGUAAGAUAUACCUAAUAGUAUUUUGGCAAUCUAUUUAUAUUUAUAUAUAUAUUUUUUUCUUAACGACAAAUUAAUUUAAACUUAGGAAAAUCCAUUAAUGUCUACAUCACACUCAAUAACUAUAAAUUAGUUAAAUUACAUUAAGUAUUGAGUACUUACUUAAAAUAAUUUAGUCAUUUAAAUUUAAUUAAAAUACUUAUCAACAGCUUGUAGUUAGGGGAUUUUCCGAUUCAAUCAAAUGUAAAGCCUUCUUGUACACUAUUUUAUUUAAUCGUACUUAAAAAAAAUUUUUUAAAUUAUUUAUUAAUUAAAUGUAUCUAGUAAAUAAGUAGUCAAAUUUGGCUUAAGCUUUUUUAUACAGAUGUGGUAAAUAAAUUUAAAUAUUUUUAAUU